CGUUUAAGUACUUCCGUACGCACGAGAACUUGAUCUGAUCAUUCAUAAGCUCCUUUAAACAAAGUCUUACCUAUCGGUCAAAUUAUGCCUUUCUACGAAGUCCACUACUCUUGUCCUCUUACACAGGACCAACGUCAAGGCCUAGCAACCGCAAUCACGAGGCUUCACUGUGAAGCUUUCAAGACACCUGCGUUCCUGGUCCACGUACGCUUCUUCGCAGAAGAUAAUGCGGAUAACACUUACUUCGUCGCUGGGAAAUCUCAUCCCCUAACAUCAAAUCGCAUCUCUGGAAACGUUCGCACGUCCGCAACUCGUUCGAAAGCAGAUUUCGAUGAGCUUGGUGCCAAGAUUGAAGCAGCAUGGUACGAAACACUUCAAGUCAUUCCGCCACCUGAGAAGCCAACUUGGAGCGACGAAGACGAGAAGACGAGGCUGAUUAUGGUGAAAUUCGUACCGCUAGUCACAAUUCGUGAGGGAGGGAUGGCUGCGCCUCAGGCUGGUGAGGAAGAAACCUGGCUUAACGAGCAACUCCCUCACAUUGAGACUAUGGCUAAUAAAGGCGUUGGGGACUUCACUGACUUCUUGAACGAACUCAAAGGGAACAAGGGUUAACAGGCGAUUCCUUGGUCAGGAUAAGUGGGUGUUUGAAGAGCCGUAUAUUUUGGAAUCCACGGUAUAUUAAUGCGAUUCAAACCUGUAUACCAGAGCUCUGUUGGUACAUCAUGGAAAGUAAGAAUUGACAUCGAUAGGUUUCUAUAGAAUCGCUUGGAGACGUUUGUGAGGGAUAUUCCAACAUUAAACCCGUGCUGGUAUUUGGGUUGCUUUGAAAUGCUAGUCUUAAAAAGCUUCGAGUAGUUAAUGUGGCUGGCUGAAGCCGGGAGACUAGUACAGAGAGGCUAAACUCGUUAGCCACCAUCUAGGGAAUGUUUUAACUGGGAAGUAUCGCCAGACGUAGCCGAGAAGUUGUGAUACGAGACUUCCACGAAGUUAAGCUUGAAG